AUUUUUUAGACUAUGAUUAUGUAAAAAGAAUGUGAUUCACACUUAUGAGUCUAAAAGAGGUGACAUCAAAUAAUGUCUGAGACACAAAGCAUGCCGAAGAUGUCUGUGCUAAGUGGAAGAAUGUCCCACUUGUGCACUGUCAUAGGAUCCCACAUGUUCAUGGUUGGAGGAUAUCACAAAGGGGAAGGAGAGGAGCGUUUCAAAGACAGGGACAUCUCCGUUCACUUGUCUGAUAUCAACAUUUACUCUAUCAGAGAUGCUACUUGGAGGAAAGUAAAGGCAAGUGGAGAUGUCCCAAACCGUGGAAGCGGAAUGUGCAUGGCAGGCAGCAAGAAGUGUAUUUAUGCUUUUGGGGGACUCAUUAUCAAUGACUCUGGAAUGCGAGAGUUUUCAAAUACACUGCACGAGUUGAACACUGAGACAAUGACUUGGAGACUACUGAAACCUGUGUCAGGGUCCAGUCCUCCUGGUAUUACAGACAGGCCGAGCAUCAGAGACAAGGCUGCUAUGGUUUACUACAAUGGUGCUUUGUGGGUCUUUGCUGGGUGGGGCACUAGAAUCGACAGAACGCAGCAUAACAGUCGAUUUGUUCCCGACAUGUCACACGAGUUUGUAGGCUGGAAUAAUGAGUUGUGGAGAUUUGAUCUGAAGACAAUGAAGUGGAACUCUCCUCAGUGUACGGGAACUGCCCCCUCGCCACGCGCUGCUCACACCCUCACGAUGUACUCUGAUAACAGAGCAGUAUUAUUUGGCGGAAGGACACGCGAAGGCAGAGUAUCGGAGUUGUACAUUUUUAACCUAGACACCUUCACCUGGGAAGGGCCCAUAGAGACAGGCCCUGGUCCUGAGGCCCGCUCGCUCCACACCUGUACCCGUCUACACGACGAUAACGUACUGUUACUCGGGGGAAUGAAUGGCAACGGUGACUCAGUCAAAGCUCAGUGGGUUCUUGAAACCGGACCCGACCCGAAAUGGAAACGGGUGGAGCUAUGUGAUGAGGAACUGUGUGCCCGCACUUGGCAUACCACAGCGUCUUACAACGUGUCGGAGCAAUGCUCAGAGUUGUUGGUAUUUGGGGGAAGCCCUGACAACAUCUGGCAACCGAAACACAAAUACUGGGCUAACAUGGUCCGCUUUAAUUACGGAGUAAAGCCGUUAUACGAGAUGUGUUUAGACUACAUUAGUCAGAGGAACACAGAUCAGCCUCAAAAUGACGAUUUAGUUACAGAUAUUCUCUCAAGAAAAAAGGUGAUGGAAGCGGCGUCCUGUUCUUUUAUAGACUCAGUUCCUAUAUACGACAUGGAGUCCAUCGGGCCUACUUCUGCCUCUUGAACCGUAUUACCGACUACACUGCAUGCAGUCACUACAUGCACACUACACUGUAGUCACUACAGCAGUUUAUUUUAUCAUCAGCGAGAGAUUUGAACUUUAUACUUCUGUCAGGACUUUGCACCGGUAAGAUUCUGUAGUUUUGUUCAAUAAUAAUAAACAUUUCAGUGCAGAAAUAGGACAAUUGGAUUUCAAAUAAGUUCCAAGAUUGAGGCAAUGUUCUACUCUAUUUCAAGGCAACAAGGUUGUGUGUGAAAUCUUGUGUGAUUCUGAUUCAUUCUCCUGAUUUCUUAUUGUUUGAAAUGUCAAGAGGAGAAUCUUGUGAGUUUUGAGUGAACUAUUUGUACUGAAGCAAUGUAUAAUUUCAUGUAGUAAUAUCUUAUUGUUAUUUGAUUUGUGUGUUUUCGAUAGUCUGUUAUGGAAACAGCUGUUUUGGGGUAAAAGUUAUUUUGAUAAGUUUAUUUCGAGGGGUAUUUAACUGUGUAAAUAAAUAUUAUUAUUGUUGUUGUGUUACAGUUAAUGUAUAGAUUGUAUAAUCUGAGUUUAUAUGUACCGUAAAUAGAAAGCUUCUGUGGAAAACUAAGAUAUUUCCAUACAUUAAUCUUAGAUUAACUUUUGUGUCAAAUCCAAAACUUUCAAACAUGGUCAUACUUUGCACAUUACUUAUUUUCAGACGACUUUUGAUUUGGUUUUGAAAAGAGUGUAAAAUUAGAUUUUUUAACUUCUCCGUCAGCAACAAAAAAACUGAUGCUUCGCUGCAAAAUAUAUAUUACAUACAUAUUAUAUUGUUAUUAGAAAAGUUUAGCCGUGGGUACCAGCCAGGAAGUGGUUCAGUUUUUUUUAAUGCUUGAUGGCGAUUUUCGACGCUUGCAGUAUAAUCGACUAAUCGUAAUUCAUAUUCAGUAAUACUGGGAUUUUGUAAGUUACUGCUGCUAGUUCAAUAAAAAUCGCUGUCAUGUUUCAAACAAACAUCCUCCUUCAUAUCACACCGUGUGAUCACCUGUGAGAAUUGUAUCUGUAUAAUUUCUGUAAUUCUCCUUCUACUGACGAGAUUCUCGUUAGUAAAUGAACGAUUUUAUUUCCUGCAAAGAUUUCGUCUCUUUAUUUCAAUUUAUUUGUGGACUGUAGCAAA